AUGCGCAAUUCCAGGUACAGCCUGUUGGUGUUGUUAGCAGCGUUAUCAAACAAUAUUCAAGCACAAAGCACUACUGAUGAAGUCAUUAUAGGAUGUGCUCCUGCAGAGAAUUCUUUAAAGAAAGGUUUUGAAGUUAGUUACUAUCACUAUCCAAAAACUGAAUAUGAUGUAGUUCUCAAACGUUCAACUGAUGAUUUUGAUUUGGAUGACUACCUACAGGGUGGUUACGAAACUUAUGAUGGUGGGCUAAUUGGCACGAGUUCUGGUGUUACUGAUUUGACAUUUCAAACUGAUCUUGGUGAUGGUUGGGGUUUCCCUGUUACUGUGGGAACAAUGCCACCAAAUUAUAACUACGACACCCCGCUGACUGUUACCAAUUUUUCCAUGCUCUUUACUGGUUACUUUUAUGCUACCCAAACUGGUAACUAUCAGUUCAAUUUUGAUUACGUUGAUGAAUAUGCAUUUUUAAACAUAGGUGCUGGCAAUGCAUUUGAUUGCUGUUCUAAUUCUGCUUCCACUCCCGGCCCAUUUGAUCUUGCAGUCUCGAAUGUUUAUCCAGAAGUUAUAUACAGAAAACGGUCAAUCAUAUGGUCUGAGCAAAAUUACGUCAACGCAUACCUGACAGGCGGUUAUUAUUACCCGAUCAGACUAUUUUUUAUCAAUUCAGCUGACAACGCUGAGCUAUCCUUCUCCUAUGUGGACCCUGAUGGAAACCUACACACAACUUUUGAGGAUUCCGUGUUUUCUGUAGAUGAUAGCGAAGACUGCCCCGUGCCAGAUCUAACAACAACCCUGCCAUGGAGCGGUACUGUAACUACAACUGUUACUACACAUACUGAAUAUACCGAUUCAAAUAGUAAGACGACCAAUGGAAAUAUCGUUAUAGUUAAAACCCCAGAAGUUAAUACAGCAACUACCACGUACACCCCAUGGAGUGGAACAGAAACUCAGACCAUUGGGACCGAGAUUGUCACUGAAACUGGUUCGGAUGAUAUUCCAACCAUCAAGACUAUCUAUACCGUCAAGACUCCAGAAGUUCAAACCGCCACUACCGAAUAUUCAGGAUGGACCGGUGCUACUACCAACACCAUUGGUACCGAGACUGUCACAGAGACUGGCUCGGACGGUAUUCCAACUGUGAAGACUAUCUACACCGUUGAAACCCCUGAAGUUCAAACCGAUACAACCACUUACACUCCAUGGACCGGUGCUACUACCAACACCAUUGGCACUGAAACAGUAACUGAAACCGGCUCGGACGGUAUUCCAACUGUGAAGACUAUCUACACCGUUGAAACCCCUGAGGUUCAAACCGAUACAACCACAUACACCCCAUGGACCGGUGCUACUACCAACACUAUUGGUACCGAGACUGUCACAGAGACUGGCUCGGACGGUAUUCCAACUGUGAAGACUAUCUACACCGUUGAAACCCCUGAGGUUCAAACCGAUACAACCACUUACACUCCAUGGACCGGUGCUACUACCAACACCAUUGGUACCGAGACUGUCACAGAGACUGGCUCGGACGGUAUUCCAACUGUGAAGACUAUCUACACCGUUGAAACCCCUGAAGUUCAAACCGAUACAACCACAUACACCCCAUGGACCGGUGCUACUACCAACACUAUUGGUACCGAGACUGUCACAGAGACUGGCUCGGAUGGUAUUCCAACUGUGAAGACUAUCUACACCGUUGAAACCCCUGAGGUUCAAACCGAUACAACCACUUACACUCCAUGGACCGGUGCUACUACCAACACCAUUGGCACUGAAACAGUAACUGAAACCGGCUCGGACGGUAUUCCAACCAUCAAGACCAUCUACACUGUUGAAACCCCACAAGGUCAAACGGAUACAACCACUUACACUCCAUGGACCGGUACUACUUCCAACACGAUCGGUACAGAAACAGUGACUGAAACUGGAUCUGAUGGUAUUCCAACUGUGAAGACCAUCUACACUGUUGAGACGCCAGAAGGUCAAACUGAUACCACUACUUACACUCCAUGGACCGGUACUACUUCCAACACUAUUGGUACAGAAACUGUCACCGAAACUGGAUCUGAUGGUAUUCCAACUGUGAAGACCAUCUACACUGUUGAGACGCCAGAAGGUCAAACUGAUACCACUACUUACACUCCAUGGACCGGUACUACUUCCAACACUAUUGGUACAGAAACUGUCACCGAAACUGGAUCUGAUGGUAUUCCAACUGUGAAGACUAUCUACACUGUUGAAACCCCACAAGGUCAGACUGCAACAACCGUGUAUACCAGCUGGACAGGCGAAUAUACUACCACCUUCGCCACUGAAAUUGUUACCUCAACUGGUGAGGAUGGAAUUCCAACAAUCAAGACAAUUUACUCAGUUGAAACUCCUGCAGAAACCAAACCAACAUUUAGCGGUUGGGCUAGUAACACUACUACGUCUGAUGUAACAUCAACAGAGCCAACCUUCUCAUUGACUACUGUCACUACAACAAGUAAUGGCAUGACCACUAUUUAUACCACUACUUGCCCUAUCGAUACCACUGUCACCGAGAGUGAAUCUGAUGCAACCAUAUCUGAUGUAAAAUCAACACAGCCAACUUUCUCCUUGACUACUGUCACUACAACAAGUAACGGUGUUACUACCGUCUACACCACCACUUGUCCUAUCGAUACCACUACCACUGAAAGUGCAUCUAAUGAGUAUCACACUUCAAAGUCGGAGAUCGAUGAAAUUUCUACCAGAGAAACCUCAUUUGCUACAGGUACAAACAAAGACCAAAGUUCUAGUGUUGAAGUAACAACCGCUUCUCAAAAUGCUGAAGUCUCAUCAGCCGACAUCGCUAUCACUUCUGAUGUGUCAUCCGAAAGUGAAACCAGACAAGCACAAACAAGCUCUACCGCAGAAACACGAGUAGUAACUACUACCACAGCAUCUACAUCCAACUUGAUAUCAACGUACGAGGGUAGCGCUGUCAAGCUUCUUGCGACUCCAUUCAUUGCGGUAAUCUUGGCAUUGCUAUGA